CUAGUACACGUUUCGGUUAUAGGAGUGACAUUGAAAUUUCGAAUUGAUAACGAACAUGAACCCUUCGAUCCCGAAGAGCAAAAUUUCGUUGCACGGCGGCGGCGACGAGGAGGCCGUGCUCAAGUUCCUGAAGAGCGCCGCCUUCCUGAACAUCGUCGACAAGGCGGUGCGCCAGCAGACCGACGAGCUGCUCGCCAAGGUGGACGACAUCCGGGAGGACGUGCGGCGGCUGACCGAGUUCAACGUGGACGUGAUGCGGCUGCUCAACUCGCAGAGCGCCGUCCUGAAGCACCUGCACGAGCGGAAGGACGCCGACGCGAAGCGGUACGGCGUCAGGACGCUGGAGCACGUCCAGGAGGGCGGCUUCGACGCGAACUUCUUCCAGAAGCUGAAGCUCAGCUUCGACAGGAAGCGCGCCAAGUCCGUCAAGAUGGGCUCGGACGUUGCCGAAUAUAAAGAACCGGAGAAGCCGAAAUUCACUACCAGCGCGGAUUUGACUAAAUUCGUCAUCGACUGCAUGAUGAAGGUGGGAACUGAGAAGGAAAUCGCCAAGGAAUUCGCAGAUUGCGUCAUCUCCUCCGAUGCUCGAGGAAUAUCCACGCACGGAGUAUACCGAUUGAUCAAGUACAUCAACGAUAUCAGGAAACGCCUGUGCCUACCCAACGCCUUACCAGAAAUCAUAAUGGAAACCGAGUCUACCGCUGUAGUUGAUGGAAAAAACGGUCUAGGUACAGUAAUCGCCAUGUUCUGCAUGAAUCUGGCCAUAAAAAAGGCGGCGAAAGGCGGCGUUUCCUACGUCACAGCGAGAGGAUCCAAUCAUUUCGGUAUGGCUGCUUAUUACACCGAUUACGCUGCUAAACACGGCUACAUCGGCAUGGCAUUUUCGAAUACCUCCCCUUACAUGGUACCCUUCGGAGCCAAACAACAUUUUUUCGGAACCAACCCCAUAGCGAUAGCGGCGCCCGGCGAGCACGACGAUUCCUUCAACCUCGACAUAUCCACCACUUCAGUAUCCAUAGGAAAGGUGGAAAUGGCCAAAAUCAUGCACUUGAAGCUCGCCUUGGGCCACGCCAUGGACGUGAACUGCUGUCCCACCACCGAUCCGAACGUGGCGAUCAAAUCGAAGAAACUGGCGCCGCUGGGAGGCGCUGGCGACGUCGGCUUCAAGGGAACCGGCUUGGCGUUUAUGGUGGAGAUUCUGAGCUCGAUGCUGUCCGGUGCGAAGUACGGUCCGAACAUCGAGCAUUGGUCGGACCGUAAGGGACCCUCCAAUUUGGGACACGGGUUCAUCGUCAUCGAUCCCAAGAAAUUCGUUCCGGGCUUCGAAGCCAGGAUGUCUGAUAUUAUGAGAUUGUACAGGAAUUUAGAACCGAUCGACGUCAACGAAUCGAUUAUGGUACCCGGAGAACCGGAAAUAAGAAAGUCUAAAUUAGUCGAAAAGGAAGGGCUGGAGCUAACUGAUCUGCAAUGGACUACAAUCAAUCAGCUAGUCCAGGAGUUGCGCGUGAAUCCUCCGAGGUGGCACUACAAGUCUUGA